UUCCAUGGGCUUUGUGAGCAAAAAAUCAUAAAUCAAUUUCAAACUAGAAGUAGAAGUGAUAACAUUUUUUUGUAAAUACAAGAGAAGUUUAUUUUUCUUUCUUUCCGCAUUAAUAUGACUCAUUAAUUCCUACGAAUUGAUUGUGGUUCUAAUAUUUCAAAGUUCAUAAGCACCCAAAUACUAUAAAGGGAAUCAUACAAAAACAAAGUGUUUUACAAACAAGGAAACACAAAAACAAGAAACAACAAAAUGUCCUCGACAGCUUCAUCUCCUGCUACACCAAAACCUACAUCCAUGUCAUUGUCGGAUUUAUAUUCACAAGAUGAAUUCUACAUUGGCCUGGGACUCGCUAUAUCUUCUUGCUUCUUUAUUGGCUCAAGUUUUAUUAUCAAAAAAAAGGCAUUGUUAAGAUUGAGUAAAUUGGGCGAAGUUCGGGCAGGUUCUGGAGGAUUUGGAUACCUACGCGAGUGGAUAUGGUGGGCCGGAUUGCUAACAAUGGGUAUCGGCGAAGCAGCAAAUUUCACAGCAUACGCUUUUGCACCAGCUUCAUUAGUAACACCUUUGGGAGCUUUAUCCGUUAUUAUCUCAGCUGUAAUGGCAUCAAAAUUCCUCAACGAAAAACUAAAUCUACUUGGAAAGCUUGGAUGUUUCCUAUGCAUUUUGGGAUCAACAAUAAUCGUAUUGCAUUCACCGAAAGAAAAAGAAAUCGAAGACUUGCAAAUUUUAUUCGAUAAACUUCUCGAUCCCGGAUUCAUACUCUAUGUGAUGCUCAUAAUUGGUAGUAGUGUAUUUGUUGCACUCUUUAUAGCUCCACGACAUGGCCAUUCAAACGUAAUGGUUUACAUAUACUUGUGCUCGGGUAUUGGUAGUUUGACUGUUAUGUCAUGUAAAGCUCUGGGACUUGCCAUUCGUGAUACAAUUUCAGGUAAAGUUAAUAACUUCGCAACAUGGAUGCCUUGGUUCUUGAUCAUUGUCACCGUUACAUUUAUUGCCAUUCAAAUGAACUAUCUUAACAAAGCUUUGGACAUCUUCAACACUGGCAUAGUUACUCCGAUUUAUUAUGUUAUGUUUACCUCGCUGGUUAUAGCUGCUUCGGCUAUUCUCUUCAGAGAAUUCACUCACAUGAAAUUCGAAGAUAUUCUUGGCGAUAUCUGCGGAUUUCUUGUUGUUAUUGUUGCUGUGUUUAUGCUAAAUGCAUUCAAAGAUCUCGAUAUAUCACUUAAUGAUGUUCGUGGAAUCAUGCGACCGAAAAUUCAUAAAGUUGCUCAGUAUGAUGAUGAAAUUUUGGUGUCGAGACAAGAACGUCGAUACUCAUAUGGUUCGGGAGAAGUGUAUCGUAAUGCUUGACGAAAGAAAUAAUUCGACUGAUUAUACUGAAAAGAGCAAUAUAAUAAUAUUUGCAUUUCCCAGUAAAUAUUUGAACCAAAUAUUGGUACGCUAGCAACUAAAACGACAUUAGUGUGAUAGUAGUAGUUCAACGUUGAACGUUUUUAGAAAGUUUAAUUAUUAUUAUUUAAUAUUUAUACAUAAUGUAUUUCUUUUAUAUUAAAAACAAAACAAAAACACAAAAAGAGAUAACCCCAU